AUGUUGCAGCAGACAAGGCCAUUGCUACCGAUGGGGAUUUCUGCUGAUGGUCGUCCCAAGUGGACACGAUUUGGAGUUCCACGGUUGCUCCUAGCGCCGUGCUUAUGUUUCUUUCUCCUGUGUGUCGAAACUUCGUGUUACCACGUGUCGUCAGGGAACAGCCAUACCGCCGCCCAACUCUGGCCCAACACCGCGAGCAGCAGACAUGCGGGGGGGGCCGAACAGAUUGACCGAAAUACCAGCAUCGGUCACAAGCUGAACAAAGGGGACUCAAGAGACGAGGCUAAAGGAAGAGCUCUCCUCCAAGUCCAGGCUACGACAGCGGGCGCAGAAGACAAACAAGUCAACGACGCUGCUGCCACCAGCACGACUCCGGCGCCACAGCAAGAGGAAUCGGCCGAAGAGAACCACGAUACGAACACCGCUCCAGCAUCUCAUCAAGAAACAGUAUCAUCGUCGGGUCCAUCCGCCACGGGUGAGACUCCAGACACGGGCGCUAACUCUCCAGGAGCAACGGACGGCAUCGCGGAGGGUGAGGCAGCCGCCAAUGGAGACCAGCAGCCCUCGGACAAGUCUCAGGAGGAGAGCGAAGGUGAUAUAGAAGCCGUGAAAGGUGUGAAUGGGGGUAGCGAAAAUGUUGGAGGAGGUACGAGUGACGAUGUCGCUUCAACAACAUCGGGCGGCACGUUGGAGGAUGAACCGGCAGUUGAGGGGAUAAAGAAUGGCCUGGAUGAGCCACAGAAGGGGACGAAAGGAGCACCAGAGUCCACGACAAAAGCGGAUGAUGAGGCUGCUGACGUUGGCCCGUUAGCCAGUGACGUGGACUCAUCCGGAGACACCAACGGGAAACUUUCUCGGUCAAGCCCGACAAGGCGGGGAUUUAGGCAUAAACGGCGCCCCGGACAAAGUGGAAAGGAAGUUGGGUCAGAUAUUAAUGCAGAAGCAGGUAUCGACGGCGAUACCGAAGAUUCGGAUGCCACCGGGGAGAAGAAACUGGGGUCGAGGCGGGUGAGGAGGCGCCUGCGGAAGAGGAGGAUGUCGCUAAAACGUAGCUGGAGGACCCUGAGAGGGAGGGUAAGAAGGGAUGCUGAAGCUGCUGUACAGGCACGUGUCGAUGAUGAUGCCGAAGAAUCAGCCGCCUCCAGGAAGAAGAAACGAGGCCUUGGUUGGCGCAGGAGGGUGGGUAAUAGAAGGGCUGUGAGAAAACGCAGACGUGAAUCCAAGAGAGGCGCAGUUGGUGGGGAGACUGACGUUGCUGGAGGCUCCAGUAGUGACCAACGUGAGACUCGGCGACGACGUGUGCGGAUUACUCAAAACAAGAUCUUUCUUGGGAGGCUUGGUGAGAUAAAUAGAUCUCGAAGAGGUGGCUAUCGCGCUAGACGGUUCCGUGGUACGGGGGGCCAAGAAAGAGAGCCUAUCAAGGAAGCGCAGGUGGAGGAGCCGUUGUCGCCCUAUGUUUCUGUACCUCAGGGUUACCGCCUUACGGAACAGACCGGCGAGACAGUGUUAGCUGAGGAAGGAGACCAACAAAAAUUAGGACAAACAAUGGUUUCGCUGCCGACGUCGUUUGCAAAGGCUCCUGCUUCUACAGUGCAAGGAAGCGAACCAGGCUCAGUGGGGGCGGCGACGUGUCUGGUCGACAUGACGAAAUUUGGAAACGAGGGGGGUUUCAAUCCUCUGGCCUUCAUAUUUCAGGAAGCGUGUCAAGGUUUUCAUCCUUCGGUCUUAUUCCGGAAGUACCUGCCUCGUCCAUACGAGGGAGGUUGCGUUGUGAAAGCGCUUCUCUCCAUCGCCGAGGAUCACACUAAUGAAAUCAGCAAGCAUAGAAACGAGAAAGGGUCGCCUGGGCCCACGCCAACCCGAAGAAAACUUGCAGAUUUUCUAAAAACAAUGGGGCGAGGAUUCACGUUCAAGAAGAUACGCCGAGCGGUCAGGCGCGCAUUGAAGUCUCAGUUCCGAGAAAGCCGAGAAACGGAAGACAUCGAGAAAGUUGUUGCCGAUAUAACAAGAAGAGAAAGGUCAUUUUCUGGAGUUCUUCCUCACAUCAUGAGAUCCUUUCUCAUGUGCCAGCCCACUCUAUCCGAAGAGGCCGCAGUGACAGGCAAAUUCCAGGUUGGCGACAUCUCGCAGGCAGCGAACCCGGCUGUGACGUAUCUUAAAGCAAAUGGCGCAUUCAUGCGCAUGCCGCUUGAUGCGCCUGUAGGAGCAUUCAGUCUAGAUCCGAGAUUGUCGCCGCAGGGAGGCAAUGGGUGGCAGAAAGAACUCCUGAAGACAUUGGCUUCGGCGCUGCAGUUGAUGGAUAUUAUGAUAGGCCUCGGUGAACGCGUCGACGCCUACGCCCAGCUGGAUCCCGCGAAUGUGUUUCCACGGCCAUGGGUCGUCGAUGCGCUUGUGGUGCCUUCAUACAGUGAAUACGUUCCUGUCCACACCAGCGAUUUUGAAAUAAGUCCCAUUGCCGCCCCCAUCCUCCAGAAGUACGGGGUAAAUGUUGGGGAUAAAGUCGUACGCCGAGGUCGCCACCGGAAAACUAUCCCGAACUGGAUUUAUGAAGGACCCUACUCAUCAUUAGACGCUGCAUCACCUGGAACUCUGCCUCCAGUCAACGCUGAUCGGUGCUUCCGUACUUCGACAGUCCAAGCGCCGGUCGCCUCUCCAUUUGCAGCAAUUCUGAUGCGAGAUCAAAAGCUGCGAGCACCCAAGAUUGAUGUCCCGUCGACUGAUGUGGACUGCCUGUUUUUGCUGAGGGGCCCCAAAUAUUCGAAGGAAUGGACUGCGUUGUUCAUGAACGGCCCAAGGACCGACACGUUCCUAGCACAAGCUGGUGAAGGACUGGUCCAUGAAGGAUUGAAUGCUUUUUUCCAUAACGUCUUGCGUGGGCCUGCCACAAACUUUCUCGAAAGGCUGAAAACCACAAUCCUCCCUGCAUACCGCGGCCUUGUGCCGUUCACCAUUCUAAUCGUCGGUCACUCUACAGGUGGAGCUCUGGCCUCUUUUCUCGCUUGGUUCUUGUCGAAGCAUUUGACUGAAGAAAUAAAACGUCGUAAAGUGAAGAUACGCUGCGCCGGAUUUGGGUCGCCACCGAUGGCAGACGAACAGGCGUUCAAGCGAAUGAAAAAGGAUGGUGUAUCCUGUUGGACUCUCUAUUCAGAUUUAGAUACCUUGUUUAGUAAGAUUGAUGCAGUUGGUGGUGCACAUCUGACGACGGGGCCGAUUAUCAAGUUACCGGUCGGGCAACUCUUUCGCGCAGAGGUGCCUGCUCCUCAGGGCCCUCCCCUGUAUCUUGGUCUGUCAUGGGCACUCCGUCAUUCCAUCGAGGAUGCAGAGCACGAAGUCAGCAUUUCUGAUAUUUCGUGGAACAAUGCCAUAACAAGAGCUCCUCUCGUCAUCCACGAUUCCGUGUACUACUGCAUGAUAACUCUGCUGGCUGGCAAGUUCAAAGACUUUGGGUGGGGUUCGCGCUGCGCCGCACCCUUUAUUCGUGGCCUUUUCCCUCACUCUUCAAUAGCAAAUUUAUACGAAGCUUUGAAAGAUGCUCACACAGAUGUUAUGCCCGACAUCACGAAACAACUGGAACAGGUAAUGCUGUUCCAACGUGCCGCUUACGACGACAAGCUGAAGACUUUGGAUAUGGCUGCAGAAACAAAUGAAAGUGCUGCCAGGUCCUAG